AUAAAUAUCGUGUCUAUUCUUAGAAUGAACGUAGAAGCAAAUAAUGAAUACAAUCUAUAUCUGCUGUGUGAGACUGAGAUAGGAUUUUAUCCAGUGUAAAAAGGUUAUGCCGGUAAAUACACAUCGAGCAACGGAGAUAUUGUAAAAAAUAUUAAAAUUAUUAACGUUAAUUUCAAUGUAAUGUAAAGUACAAAAGAGCGAAACGAUGGAGGAACCUGUCGCAACGACAGAAAAAUCGAAAAAGAUAGAAGCUAUAAAUAAAGAAACUAUUCAUCACAUUUGUUCUGGCCAGGUAGUGAUCGAUCUUGCAAUCGCUGUCAAAGAGUUGGUGGAGAAUAGCUUGGACAGUAAUGCUACGGUGAUUGAUGUUAAACUUAUUGAUUAUGGGAAAACCUGCAUUAGUGUCAGUGAUAACGGUAGUGGUGUUUUAGAACAGGACUUUGAAGGUUUAGGCUUGAAACAUCACACAUCAAAGCUGCGGGAAUUCACAGACUUAACUGAAGUAAUUACAUUUGGCUUUCGUGGCGAAGCACUGAGUUCAUUGUGCGCCUUAUCAGAAUUGAGUAUUGUCACCAGGCAUUCGACCAGUGAGCAUGGCUUCAAAUUGGAAUUUGAUCACAAUGGCAUACUUACAAAAAAGGAACCAUGCGCCAGAGAAAAUGGAACCACAGUACACAUAAAGAACAUAUUCAAAAAUCUACCUGUCAGGGCAAAGGAGUUUCAGAAAAAUCUGAAGAAGGAGUAUGCACGCACAAUUCAAGUCUUGUAUAGUUACUGCUUAGUUUCCACCAAUGUCAAGAUUGCAUGUUCCAAUUUGGUAACAAGCAAAUCGUCUCAACUUAUAGUAACCACAAGAAAUACAGAUAGCAUAUUGGAUAAUAUAAAUUCGGUGUUUGGCAAAAAGUCUGUAGAUAGAAUAAUUAAACUUGAAUUACAGCCUCCAGACGAAACAAUGCUGCAAGAAUAUAAUUUGCCUAACAACAUUACAAUAGACUUUGACUGGGAAUGUUAUGUGAGCACUUGUGAUCAUGCGAUCGGACGUUCUACGCCUGAUCGACAAUUUUUUUAUGUCAACGGUCGGCCUUGCGAUCUCACGAAAGUCAGUAAACUGGUGAACAAUGUGUAUCAUAAGUACAAUAAUAAGCAGUAUCCAUUUGUUUUUCUAAAUAUCAAAUUGAAUCGGCAGUGCGCCGAUGUUAAUGUUACUCCCGACAAGAGGACGAUAUUUUUCACGCAAGAACGUCUUAUAUUAGCAACAUUAAAAUUUAGUUUAACAACAAAAUGGGAUAAACUGCAAGGAAAUUUUACAGCCAAACCUUUAACGGAGUUGAAGUCUGGUUUGAAAAGGACGAUUUCGAUUAAUUAUACUCAUCCACCAGCAAAAAAAUUACAAAUAUCUUCAGAAUCACAUAUAGAAAAAAAUGAUUAUAUUCAGACUAAUAUUAAAUCAAUGAAAAAACCUGCAGAUGUAGAAAUGGUGAUAAGCUUUAGAAUAAUUAAAGAAAAAUUAGAAGAAAAAAGAAAUAUUGUUAAAGCAUCUGUUAGUACAGGAAAAAGGAUAAAAUAUAGAAUGCAAAUGGAAGCCGAUCAAAAUGAAGCUGAAAAGGAACUACAAAGAGAACUGACAAAAGAUUCGUUUAGCAAGAUGGAAGUAAUAGGUCAAUUUAAUCUAGGUUUUAUAAUAGCUCGAUUGGAAGAUGACUUAUUUAUCAUCGAUCAACAUGCUACUGACGAAAAGUUUCGUUUCGAGAAGCUCAGUAAUGAAACGAAGCUGAAAACCCAAAAGCUCAUCAUGCCAAAGCCACUAAAUUUCUCUGCGUUGAACGAAAUGAUACUUAUAGAACAUCAACAAAUGUUCGAGGAUAACGGGUUUACUUUCAAUAUCAAUGAGCAAGCUGAAUCUGGCAAGAAGAUAGAAUUAGUAGGAAUGCCUGUCAGUGGUCAUUGGCAAUUUGGUCAAGAGGACAUAGAGGAAUUAGCAUUUCUCAUUAGAGAAGCAGGUAAUGAAAAUAAGGAGAAGCAAAUAUAUCGUCCUAGUCGUGUUAGACAAAUGCUGGCGUCCAGAGCGUGUCGAAGUGCAGUAAUGAUCGGCACAGCUCUGAAUACCAGUGAGAUGUACAAACUAAUAAUGCAAAUGGCACAAAUGCAAAAUCCAUGGAAUUGUCCACAUGGAAGGCCCACCAUAAGACACUUAUUAUCAAUAUUAUUAAUAAAUAAAUAAUAUCCUAAUAAA